GCUGUGAUUCUCAGUUUUCUCCACGGUCUGCCUCAGCCCCUUCUCUUUCCACCUAUUGUCUAUUCUCCGCCCAAAAGUGCCCUGCUUACUGGAGUUUCUGCACCACAUUAUUUUGAAGUAUUAGACAUGGCAUCGUCUGACAUGCAGGUGAAAGAACUGGAAAAACGUGCUUCUGGCCAGGCAUUUGAAUUAAUACUGGGUCCUCCAUCAAAAGAUGCAGUUCCAGAGUUUCCCCUUUCCCCUCCAAAGAAGAAAGAUCUCUCGCUGGAAGAAAUUCAAAGGAAGCUAGAAGCUGCCGAAGAAAGGCGCAAGUCCCAUGAAGCUGAGGUAUUGAAACAACUGGCUGAGAAACGAGAGCACGAGAAAGAGGUGCUGCAAAAGGCGAUUGAAGAGAAUAACAACUUCAGCAAAAUGGCAGAGGAGAAGCUGACCCACAAAAUGGAAGCGAACAAAGAGAACAGAGAAGCGCAAAUUGCUGCUAAACUGGAGCGCUUGAGAGAGAAAGAUAAGCAUAUUGAAGAAGUACGGAAGAACAAAGAAGGAGGGAAAGAAGCUGGUGAGAAUGAAAGCGACUGACUUCAUCCUGGAAUUUGACUUUCUCCCCUUUGUUGAAAUAUCCAAAGACUGUAUUGGCCAGUGUUUUUGUUAAGUUCCUAGAAAACUGAUGUAUUACUGUAUAAUUAGAUCCAACUGUACAUUUGCUUUGGGGAACGAGAGGGGAGCCCUUUCAUGUUCACUCUUUUUCUAAGCUGUUGUCUUUCCAGUGUAGCUAUCUUGUUGCAUUUCUUCUAUUCCAGUGCAUUUUGUUCCUGGAUUGAUGACUUAGUGCUGUAUUCAGCUGACAUAUUUGUCAAGGGAAUAUGUAGUGUAAUGUUCAUGCUGAAUCUGUUACACUUCAGAAUCUGUCAGUCUUACAAAUAUUACUGUAACCAAGUUACUUAAAUAAAGCUGCACAGUGCUAUUAUCACAGGUGACUGUUUCUGAGGCUAACAUGACACAUACUAAAUAUGCAAUUCAAGCAUACCUAUGGCUAAAAUAUAUUGCUGUAAUAAUGGAAUGAAAUGCCUGCAAGCAAAGUUCUUGUUUAGUGGCUAGUGACACUCCACAGUAGCCUUUUUUGUCCUUUAGAGUUGUGCCUAUUGUCCCAAUUCAACAAUAAGAUCUUUGUCUUACAUCUCAGCCGUUGUCAGCUGUUUUGCUGAAAUCAUUCAGAACGACCUCCCUCCAUAGACAUGCUUGAAAUUCCAACAAAUAAUUCCUUAACAUGGAACUGAUUUGACCUUGAAACCAGUUGCUUGUUAACUUGAUGUUUCAUUUGUUAAGGUUGUCCCUCUUGCUGUAAGCUCCAAGUCAAUGAUGAAUAUAGUGUCCUA